AUAAUCUUGUACACAUUUUUGAGAAACUUGAUUUUGAGGUAGAAGUUCAUGAUGAUUUGACUGCUCGGGACAUGUACACCUGUCUUGGUAACAUAGGAGAAAGGGACCAUAUGCCAUACUCAUGUUUUGUGUGUUGCAUUCUUAGCCAUGGUACAGCUGGUAAGGUAUAUGGUGUUGAUGGGAUUCCUAUUGAAAUUUCCCAUCUAACAAGCUGUGUGAAAGGAAUACCUUGCCGUUCACUUAUUGGAAAACCAAAGUUAUUUUUCAUACAGGCUUGCCAAGGACAGAGAGCACAAAGAGGUGAUAUUGUGAUGGAUCAUGAUGGAGAUCAAGAUGAAAUACCAAUGAGUAUUCCUAAUGAAGCUGAUUUUCUUCUUGGUUAUGCCACAGUACCAGGAUUUGUUUCGUAUCGAAGUAAGACACAAGGAUCAUGGUAUAUCACCAAGUUAGUUGAAUGCUUGGAUCGAUAUCAUAAUGAAUAUGAAUUGCUAGAUAUAAUGAGAAAGGUAAAUGAAGAAGUUGCUAAAGCUAUUGCAGCUACAAAAGAUGGUGAAAGAAAGCAGGUGCCAGCACCUCAAUUCACUUUGAGAAAGAGACUCUUUCUUAAACCUGUUGAGAUUUUCUAA